AUAUCAACAUUGUCAAGCUAACUUUUUAAGUGUCAUUGCUUAAUUUCAAACAUAGGAAAAAAGUUUCAACAUUGAAAAUGAAAGGAGACACACAGAUCUUCUGCAGUAUAAUUUGCAUCUUUAUUGCCAUUGCAUGCAGCAUUGUAAGUAUCGCAAUUCCUUACUGGAUAUCGGACAAUGUCACAGUAGACAAUGUGCAAAUAUACUCGUAUGCCGGUCUUUGGAAAGGAUGCGACGACGCUCUUGAUGUUACAAAGUGCAUAGUGUUUAAAGACGUUAAAGACUUUGUGAAUGCUACGCGAGGUCUUAUGAUAGUUGGAACUGUGAUGUUUGGAUUCAGUGUCUUGCUUGCCAUACAAUACGCAAGAAAUCGAAAUACAACAUGUUUGGCAAAUAUGUGCAUAGUGAAUUUGCUGUCCGGAGUUAUUUUACUUAUAACAGCAAUGAUUGUGUUUGGAAAAAAUACUUCAGAUUCUGCUCUGUCAUAUGGGUCAGGAUUUUAUCUACCAAUAGCUUCCUGUGCUGCUGCUGUUUAUGCUGCAAUUGAUGUCGCCAGGGCAAAGACAAAGUAUCAGGAAUAUACUGCAAUAGGUUCUGAAUCUGAAAGAACAAAUAUUUAAAUGAUUACACUCUCGUGACAAAUGGACAUAUGUUGUCUUUUAUUAUAUACAAUAUAUAAAACAUUAUAGAAUUGUCAAGUAACCUUAGACCUUAUUCAGUUAUUUCCUAUUAGCUUAACAUGAAGUCUAAGUGUUAUCUUACUGAUUCUUCGAUGAAAUAAAUAAUUUUCCCGUUUUUAUAUAAUUUUCAACGUAAGUGUUUAAAGUGACAUUAUGCCUUUUCUAUUGUAAGUGUAAGAGAGAGUCAAAAUAACUUGUUGCAAUGCGUUCAUUGAAAUUCUCCUUUAUUUCAUUAUGUUAAGAUCAAAUUUGAUAUGUUCGUGUUUAAAUUCAAAGCUCGUUAAUACUGUUGGCAAACGUAGAGUGAUAACCUAAUAAGUAAAGGUCGUUCAAAUUACUUUGACUUUGACUUUGAUGGCAGCAAUAAUACCACAGUGCACUGGUUAACUGACGGGCACAGUUAUCAGUACCAUCAUUGUUAUCCCUGUCCUUAGUCGUGUAGAUACAUCCAUCAUGACGAGAAAAGCUAUCACGACACUUUCCGAAGAAACCACUAACAUGCCGCCAUUUUUCACAUCGUACCAUGUCUGUAUGC